GGAGAUGGCUGGCUGCAAGAGUGGUUGGUUGCAUGGGUUUCUGCUGGUUUUGGUAGGGCUCGGAGUAUGGGAUGUGUUGUUUGUGUAUGAAGAAAAUAAGUGCAACAUGACCUACAUGUUCCAGUACCCUGAAUAUCUUAAAAUAAAGCUUCCAAAGAAAGUUUCCAAUCACUAUCCAAGUUAUGGUCUGUACCUUUAUGAAGAAAGAGAUUCUGCUGAAGCACGAAAUGGGCUAAAACCUUCAGGAAUUCCUGUUUUGUUUCUUCCUGGAAAUGCUGGGAGUUAUAAACAAGUUCGUUCCCUGGGAUCUGUGGCACUGAGGAAAGCAGAGGAUAUACACAACAAGUUCCACUUUGACUUUUAUAGCAUUGAUUUCAAUGAGGAGCUUGUGGCACUUUACGGUGGAAGCCUUGAAAAGCAAACUAAGUUUGUGCAUGCAUGUAUAAAGGUCAUCCUCAAACUUUACAAGGAUCAAAAAGGUGCACCGAGCAGUGUUGCAAUUGUGGGCCAUUCAAUGGGUGGCAUUGUUGCUAGAGCACUGUUCACACUACCCAACUUCAAAUCUGCACUAAUCAGUCUUAUUGUAACUCAAGCUACACCUCAUGUUGCACCAGUCCUGUUACUGGACAGCUACCUCAUAGACUUUUACAGCACUGUGAACAAUCACUGGAUUCUCAAUGAAAAAGACUUGAGUAACAUCACCAUUCUCUCAGUGGGAGGCGGUUUCCGAGAUUAUCAAGUUCGCUCUGGGCUGACCAUUGUUCCAAGCCUAGGUCUUUACAACAAUACUCUAAAUGUCGUGACAUCAGCUGUCCCAAGAGCAUGGCUUUCAACCGAUCACCUUUGUAUAGUCUGGUGUAAAGAGCUGGUACUGGCCACAGUUAGAGCUUUUUUUGAUCUUGUUGAUCAUCAUACUAAUCAGAUAACAGUGGAUCUACAGAAGAGAAUGCCAGUCCUUCAUCAUCACUUUGUCAGCUAUUCAGCAAAAGAUUUUGAAGAUGAUCUCGAGCCUUCCGUCUCUUUCUCAGGUUCAGGUACAACAUGGCGUGUAAUUAAAACAUACAAAUGGACUUACAACUCUCCAGAGUUUUCAGCCCGGUCACCCAAAGCUUCAAAUUUUAUUUUACCACUUCCGAACGAGGAGGAAUCUUUCAGUAAUUUAUAUUGUCGAACCACCAAUCUGGAAUCCAAUAACUGGAUUUAUGGCUGCACUGUGAUUAACCAGUCAGUUUGCCAGGAAGGCAUUGACCUGACCGGGGAGGCAGAAUUGCUAAAAAUGUAUAAGAUAGUGAACUUCAAUCUGGAAAAGUAUCGUUCUUUCUCUCAUUUUGUCAUUCAUGUGUCUAAGGCUAGUGUCAAUAAAAAGUUCAGUAUGGAAUGUGAAUACCUAACAGCAAGGUCUAGAGUAAUAUCUACCCCAGUAACACAUGUCCUGUCAUUUGGUGCCUCUGCUCACAGAGUUUCAAUAAACUCUUCAGGUCUGAUACAUAAUGUUCAGCUUCAGUACUUUAAUCAGGUACAUCAGGCUUUUGAAAUCCAUAUUGAAAGCCAGUGCCAUUCUUUGCAUGGGAAGGCAGCAGAUGUGUACAGGUUUCAUGUACCAUGGUCACAUGAAGAUUCUGUCGUGACAACGAGUGUACCGUCUUCCACUGUGAUCUAUGCCAAACUGCACAGAGCAAGGCCUGAGAAUGAUAAUUCUGUACCAGAGUUACAACUUCACACAACUAGAAAUUGUCAAUAUGAGAUAACUAUCAAGACAUCUUUCUAUGAAGUACUUGGGCAGCUGAUCAGAUUUCAUGGUGUAUACUUGCCCACAUAUGUUGUUACAAACAUAUUAUUAGCAUUUGGAAGUCAAUUAAUGCAUCUUUAUUCUGAAGAUCACUGUUUGGAUUUCAGCAUUGCUUUAAAUGCUGCAGCAAAACCAUACAAAGUUAUUCCAUUUCCCAAUCUUGCUGCGUUCCUUUUGGGAUAUGACUGGUUUAGGAAUGUAUGGUCAAUUCUUAUGUUGCCUAAAAUUGAUCUCCUUAUUUUAAAUGAACAAGGAAUCGACAACCUAGCAAUUUCUAUUCUUCUUUUCUUGUUUGGGACAGCAAUUGCCUACUGGAAUGGCAUCUUCUUUGGUUUAUUACUAAAGCAGCUCUCCUUCUUGUGGUCAGUCUUUCACAGGCCAUCAAUUGUUAAAAAAGAUUCUGAGCUAAUAAGUCUUCGAAGUUCCUGUUUUACGAUUUUCCUACUUUUUAUCGUCUGGACAACCUGUGGUGCUCUUGCUCUCAUAUUUGGUUAUCUUCUCUAUCUCUUAAAGGUCCUCCGCCUGCAAGCUACAGUGCAAACAAUGAAAGGUAUUCUUAAUUUGGCACCACAAGAAACUGUGAAGAGAGUUGCAGUGAUUUCCACAGCAAAGGAAGAGGAAAACAAAUCUGGAGUGGCUGAAGAACUAGAUCAGCAAAACCUAGAUAAUCAUAAACUGCUCUCAGUUUCAGAUGUUGAUGAUGCACUUGACACUCUUAAGAUUCAUGUUACAAUCCUACAUUUGCUGAGCUGGAUCAUACUAUUUAGCGCACCUUCAUUUAUUUAUUGGGUAAAAAAUCUCAGGUAUGCAAGAAGGCUUGAUCCUGAUCCUUGUGAUACUGUUGCAUCUAUCCUUGUGUUGACGAUGGGGAUCCUCAUUAAUUCACAUUCAGCUCUUGUUAAGAGGAGUAAGCUACUGAAAUAUACUGGAAGACUACAGCUCUUGUUGGUUAUUGCCAUGACUGCCUUUGGAUUAGUGCACUUGUACAGGGUUCCUUACUUUGUUACAUUUUCAUUGGCUUUAUAUGCACUUUGUUAUCUGAUAUAAAUGACUGUGCAACACUGAAUUACCAGUUUGAUUCAUUAUACAUGUAAUACUUCAGAAAAUGAAUGUUUUGUAAUUUUUUAAAUGUAAGGGUGCUACGUAAUUAUGUUAGGUUACUAUUGGUAUACCUUUGCUGAAUUGUUCAUCAUAUAACUUGUUAAGAAUUUCCUGUAUUUGGAAAAUGUAGUUUGGCUGUAUAUUUGUGUUAGUAUGAAUGACGAUGCAGAGUAGUAUAUCAGAAUGUUGUUCUGCUAGAUUGUUCUCAAAGCAUAUUACUAAUGGCCCUAUAUUUGAUAACAACCUUUUUAAUGUGAUAAUUUCAAGGCUUUAAUAGAUUACAAUUUAUCCACAUUUGGUCAUUCCCAAGGAAAGCUGAAUGUGUUAUGGCCAUUGGUAAUAAUAACUUCACUUUAAGUGCUUUGAAAGCUAUAGGUAAUGAAACUUUCGGCUAAGUAAGGAGAGAGUAUAUGAGUAGUUGAGAGGAAAAUGUUUGUAGUAAUGUAAAAACAGAAAUUUUUAAAUGGUUAAUGGGAAAAGGGUAAGUAGAGAAACAAAAGAAGUGUGUUUGGAAGUUGAAAAUUAAUAGAUUGAAGUCAUUGUCAACUGAAAAAAAAUGAAGGUUUUGAUUAUAAUCCAAUAUUAGCAAAAUCAACGGAGACAUGAGAGACUCUACUGAUGCUGGGAUCUGGCUUAAUAAUGUGCUGGAGGCACUCAUCUGUGGGAGCAAAGAAAUUGUUGAUGUUUUGGGUCAAAACUCUGCAUCAGGAUCAAGUGUGGAGAGGUAGGAUGGCCAGUAUAAAGAGGAGAAGGAGAGUGAUGAGAAGGGAUACUGAGGCAAUUUGUAGUCUGAGGAGGGGUGUAAAAGUUUAACAGUUGGAAAAUCAUGGCUACUCUUUUGACUGCACAGAGGUGUUCUGUUAAACACUAGAUCUACAUGGGGUUUCUUCAACAUUUGAAGAGACAUCAUGAAUAUAUAAAAGCUCUUAUAAAUACAGCUAAAUCAUUGUUGUACUUGGAAGGGUUUAGUGCCUUGGACAGGGGCAAGGGAAGAAAUAAAAUGUUGCACGGGAAGGUGUUUAGGGAAGAAGUAGACAUCUUCUCCACAUUACAAAGAAAGCUCCAGGAAAAAUAACUCGUGUCAAUUGGCUCCUUGCCUAAAUUAAUGUUAAAUGAUUGUGGAUCAUAACCACUGCAGUUUUUUUUAAUCAACAUCUGCUGGUAAUGAUUCCAAAGAUGCCAUUUGCAGUUUCUCGACAUAAGUAUGCCUUCAAUUUCAAAUCCUGCAAUCGUUAUUUAAUUUUCUUUUUUAGCCCUCAUUCUGGGUAUUUUGAUAGUGUAGUUGUGCCCUUGAUGUAAUUUUGAAAUCAAUUGCACCCAAGUGAUUUAAUUCUCCUUGCAAUGCUUCAAAUUGAAAUGUAGACUAGAUUUUUCUGGGAGCAGCCAUCACUGGCCACUCUCAUGGCAACAUGGUCUCAACAAAACACAGAUGGAUUAGGGUACCUGUCAGCCAACUUCCAGGCUUGCACUUAAUUUGCUCCUACUCCCAGAAUCCAUGCCUGAUCUUCAUCAUAUGGUUCAUGUCUCCUUCCUUGCACUUUGAUCUGAUUCUUCUUCAAUCUGUUUGAUUCAUCUCAUUCCAUGAGAAUCCUCCAGUCCACCCAGGUCCUUUAAUUCUCUGGGAUCCUAGAUGGAAGCCUUAAUCUUCACCAUCCCCUGGCUGACCCUCAUCCCUGUCCCUACCUCAGGUCCCUCUUUGACCACACACACACUAACCACAGGACUGUCUGAGGUCAUUUUGACUCACCACCAACACUACAACAACAGAUGCCCAAACUCGCUCAACACACCCUACCUCCCACAACAUGCACAUCUAUUCACUUGCACAGCUGAAGUUUGAUGUAUCAUCAAAAUUAUCUUUAAUGCUGGUUCAUCCACUUGGAUAUAGUCCCCAUGUUCUUAAUUUUUCCACUUUUACUUUGCACUAUCAUCCUUUUCGGAUAUAAUCACUCACUUUGGCAUUCAUUUCUUUCCUUCCCUUUCCUGAUUCAGAAUUUGCAUCAACCUGCAUCAUCACAAAAUUUUCCCAAUUUAGGGUCAGGCAACUGAAGUGUUGGGUUCUUCACAGAUACUGCCUGAUUUCAAGAGUAUUUCCUGUUUUGAUAUAUAACAGAAUAAUGACUUGUUAUUAGAAUGUACAAUAUCCUUGUUCAUUUUAGAUCCCACAGAUUAUUUUUGCUAAGUUUGAGGAUGAUGCAGUAUUAUCUCCAAUUGCGGGGAACUCUGAAAAGUUGAUUAUUCUUGCUGAAAGGAAAGCGAUAAUAGAUAGAAUCAGGGAUUUCCCUACUCUGAAAUGGGAAUAAAACAGGGUAUUUGCUGUUAAGCUUCUCUGAAAUUCUUUCCACUAUCAUAUUGAAGUUAUAAAACACUUUACUGCAUCCACUAAAAUAACUAACAGAGGCAUUUCAGAGAACUUUUUUUAUGUUGUGGACUGCUAUCCAGUUAUACAACCUCAGGCCCAGUUUAGGGUUUAUUACUUGAAGUGACUUUCAAUAGUUUUGGACAGUGACUGACAGUUCAAUAAAAUUGGUAGAUUUUCUUUGGUAUUGAGAACUUCUUGUGAAAUACAAUCCAUUUACUUUUCUUGUAUUAUUGACACCGGGGAGCUUCUAUCCCAGCUCUUUGGAAGCAGCACAUAAUACAGAUUUUGACGAUAAACAUUUGUAAACUUUUCCCCUCAGAUAUUCAAAUUGUAAGUAUAGGAAACUUUAAAAAAUUACAGUGGUAUGUAGCUGCAAUUUUGAACUAAACGAUUUUAAUAAUCUUAAAUUUAGCUAUCGUUGUCCUCAACAAAUCUUUCGUUCAAAGUUUUGCUGAGAAUUUUGUGCACUAAUUGGGACUCUAAUUAAAGUUGCUUUGAGGAGGGUAGGCUGCAGUAUUCUUACAGGAUCCACCUUCUCAGUAAUUACUCAUGGUACAACCACUACUCCUCUUCUGCAUUUUUGUCUUUAAUUAUAUAUUCCUAUGUCCCAUUAAGAUUAGAUGAUAAUUAGAUAUUGCUUUUUUUCUUUAUAUAUCAAUUAAGUGAGUAAAAACAAAGUUUAUAUGCUGCAUCCAAAUGGCACUGUAGAUGAUGUCCUCUAGUUGUAAAUAACAUGGAAAUGCUGAUACUAUGAUAAAUUGUUGAGCUAUUAUCCAGAAGCCCAGUCUGCUAUCCAGACAAUGGGUUUGAACCCAUCUAAUCAAUAAAUUGUAUCACAUAAUUAAUCAAAUCUGAAAAGAAAAAGUUCCCAUCAUUAAAGGUAAUCAUGAAACUACUAAAUUGUCAUAAAGACACAUCAGGUUUGCUUCAAAGGUAAUAUAUGUUACCAUACAAUCUUGAGAUUUAUUUUUCACUGAUACCAUUCAAGGAAAGAAAUGUAACAGUCUGGCCAAAAGGUAGCAUUUAAUUGCCCUCUCAUCUGACUCAGUAAGCCACCAAUUUCAGUUAGGGAGAGAGAAAAGUGCCAUGAAUAAGCAAGAAUGAAAUUGUCAAUGUAUAAAAUACAAUAGAUGUUUACAAGAAUAUCAGAGACAACUGGAAACAUUAUUUUACACCAUUGUAAUUCCUUGAAUUCAGCAUUACGUUCAUGGUAGUUGGAAAAGGAAAUUUUAUUGAACAAGUGAUUUCUUCAUUGAAUUCAAUUGUGCUCUAUUUUCUGGACAGAUGGGGAAUUGAUCAUGCUGCAAAUCUCAGGAUUGCAGACAAAUCCAAUAAUACAAGUUGCACUUUACCUUAAUAUGCCCCUAAACUGUCCUCUGUAUCUUUUAAGUGAUUUUAAUUUUAUUCUGUUAAUUACUUAGUGAAGGUGUUAUUAAUCUUGCCAGACAUAAUUAUUAAGUAUGGAUACACACCUAUUUUGAUUUUCAGUGCCCAAGUUUAGUCUGUUUCGAUGAAAGGUAAAGCUAUUGUCAGUGAUUUUUAUUACAUUAAUGUCUAACUAAUAGCUGACAUAUGCACCAAAGUAUCUGUAAAUCAAGUGACCAAACAUCUGCAGGUAAUAAACUCCAUGUUGUCAGUAAUGUUAUUUGUUUUACUAUAAAACUGCAAGCCUUAUUGGUUCUCUGUGAUCUACUAAUUUUGAAAGAAUAUUUGUGAAAUUUGUGUGAUGAAAAAUGUUUUGUAUAAUAUUGAUGUAAACUGUUAAUUAAAAAAAAUUGUAUUAGUAAUAUUUGCCAGGUUUAUACGAUCUAAUGAUGUACAGUUUCUAAUUGUAAAGUGGUUCAUGGGCUGACAAUCAGUUGUGGUGGGAAAUCAUAACUUAUCAAAAAACAGUCAUGUCAGUUUGAAGAGUUCAAUAUAAUUAAAAUAUGCUACAUUGUA